UUAAGAACGCACUAUAGAAUGAGAGGCUACAGUCAGAAUCAUGAAUCUCUCAUUGACUACUUUCAUAAAGAGUGGUACAAGAGUGUUCAUCGAAUGAAAAACAACAGAGAUCACUUCGAAGCUAACGAGAUGACUAUUCGGUAUGAAGAAAAGCAAAGUAACGCAGCUGUCAAAGCUCCUAACUUCAAAGCAUUUGAUUUUGAGCACUACAAAACUCUAAAACAAGCGGAGUCUUGGAGACCAAAAGCAGAAGAAGUUGACGGAGGAGGAUCUGCAACAAAGCCAGUAGUGACUCCAGAAAACCGCACUAUAUACACAGAGAAUAGACAGAUAUACGGAGAAUCAAUACGAUACAGCGACAUGGCUGCUAAACCCGCUAGUUCAGAAAAAUACCAACCUCCCCACCGUCGCGCGUAGUGUCUUAUUGUUCCUUAUACGGACUGAGACGAAAUCCAGGACUCAUGUAUAUCCAAAGAAUUAUAUUUAUUUCCAUCAGCUGUAUAAUGAUUAGUACCCCUGAUUUUGCCAGGAUAUUUUCGAGAUUGAAGGAUUUUCUUCCGAUAUACGUAUAUGACUAUAUGUUGAUGAAGAAAGAUGAUAGAAUUCUUUAUUCAAGCAUUGGUGGUGGGCAACCUUCUUUCGACUCACGUCCCAGAAAUUAUUCUAUGACAGUAAUAACAAUUUUGAGAUAAAAUCAUUUCGAAAGUAUAUCAAAAUGUUGAACAUUUUUGACGUUCCAGUCAUUGAUGAAAAUAGUGGUUACCCAUCCCAAAGCAUGGUUUAGAAUUUCUGCAAUAUGAAGAAUUUAUUUGAAUUGUAUUUACUCAAUAUCGUAUGAGUGAUAAGAAGCCGUGUACUUAUC